ACAGCAGAUGUUCUGAAGACUUUAAAACAGCUAUCACACUCGAAAAUCUCCUUUUCUUCUCCUUCUACAUUGUCUGUGCCCUCCUGAAAACCCUCGCCCUCAAUCACCUCCAUCUCUUCCCCUUGAGUCUCCUCCUGUCCCUCACCUGGAUCAUCUGCCAUUUCUUCCUCAUGCACCUCUGCAAUUUCCACUGUUGCAACUUCCUCAUGCACAUCGUCCUCCUCAUACUCAACAUUUCUGAAGAAAAUUCCAGUUAAAAAGUUCUUUUUAGAUUUAUUUAAAUAUUUACUCUAUAAUAUAUGCAAGAUUUCCAUCGGAGUUGUGUAUGACAUAAUCCUGAAUUAUAUUUUGAUUUCCUAUGGAUUCUAUGGGUAUAUUUUGCAGUACUUGAACUACAGUAUGCACCUCAGAAUUUUCUUCAGUUCUGUGAAUUUCGUCCACAUCUUCAUCCUCUUCUUCAACAUACUGAAUUCUAUCUUCAUCAUCUUCCACGAUUUCUUCUUUAAGAUAAACUUGCUCUGUCUGCUCCAUAUUUAGUCCAAAAUAUGCUAUAAACUUUGUAAAUAUACCUUAAAACUUUGUAUAUUGCACAACAUUUUCAUAAGACCGUUUGGCACAAAAUACGGUCAAUUUCUCAUCUCAUUUAUCACAGUAUUGUUUACAACAAAUAACAUUUAUUUUAUUUGAUAAAUAAACAUUGAGCAUUUAGGUUAUGUUUUGACCUGCUUAUUAAUUAGGAUGACGACCAUCACUACAGUUAUGCAGUUGGGGAAAGUAUACACUUUUAGAAAAAAUAUUUUUCUUUUGGAAACUCUAUCAACGAGCUAAUUUCACCUCCAAAUCCACAAAUUAACAUCUACAAAUCCUCGCAUGUGGUAUUUUGUGAAAAUCGAUAUUUUUGAACGAAAAUAAAGGAAAAUACUUACCGCAGCCCCUGAAAAGUCGACAACCGCGUAAUCACGGGAACAAAGAUGGUGGACGCCUUUUCGAUUUGCAGGCGCGUCCGUUGCGACUGCGCAUGUCUUAAACGUCACAGUCACGUGUUUGGUUGCCGUAGCAACACGAUCAAAACAAUCUCCAAUUUUUGAAAAUGUCGGGUGAAGUGAGUCCGGAGAUGAUAAAAAAAACGCAAAAUACAUUGGGAAAGUUUGUUAAAAAGCCUGCUUUAACUGAAAAGUUAUUGAAGAAGCCUCCUUUUAGGUUUUUGCAUGAUAUACUGAAGGCUGUGGUUAAGGAAACAGGUUUUUUAAAGGAUUUAUACUCGGAGGCUGAAUUGAAUUCUGAUAAUGUUAAGGAAAAAGAUUCGAAAAUUGCUUUUUUAAAUAAGUUAAUUAAUGCUGUGAAAUCUAUAACAAAAACAGAUUUAAAUGUUAGAUCAAGUAAAAUAGUUGCUGGUUUGGAACCAUCAGAAACAAAUUUGCUCUUGCAAACUAUAGGACAGGCAAUAGACAAAAAGUUAGAUAGUAGGGAAUAUGUAAAAUCAAUAAAUGAUGCAAAUCUAUCCACUGAAAAAAAUAAAGUUAAAAGACCUAGUGAAAAGGAAGAAAAAGUUAAAAAAUCCAGCAAAACUGAUGAUGAUAAAAAAUCAACCACCAAAAAGGUGUCAAAGAAACCAAGUGUUGAGACACCUAAAUCCACGGAUAGAAUUAAGUUAAAUACCCCUAGAGAAAAAAAGAUUGUAAAAAAGAAGGAAGAAAUAUCUAAAGAAAAAAGCAGUAAAGUAAAAUCAAGCAAGACAGAAUCAAAAAUCAUUAAUGAAGAACCUAAAAUUGUAACCAAGGAAUCUCCCAGAGAGGAAAAACUUGAAACCAAGGAAAGUAUUGUGGAAAAUACAACAAUAAUAAAGGAAACACCUAAAGAAAUAAAAAAAGAUGAACAAGAAACAAAAACAGUGGAAGAAAAUACAGAACCAAAAAAAAAUUCACACAAAAAUGAAGAAAAUCAAAAUGAAAGUCAUGUUUUUAAAAGACCUGGUAGUUCAGCUUUGGUCAGGCCAAAAUCAGCUCGCCCAAAAAGUGGGGACAGGGAAAAAAUUAUUGCAGUCCAAAAAAAUGUUGAAACUCCUUUAAAUCCCAUAGAAAUAUCCACACCCAUACAAAGACCCAAGAGUACUUUAAGACCCCCAAGUGUGAGACCAUCAAGUGCAAGGCCUGGUGCUCCAAGAUUAAGGCCUGAUUCAGCACUGCCCAUCCAAGAGCACAUUACAAUGGGUAAUAUAAAUGUAAUUGUGGAAAAUGUUGACGUGGGGGAUGAAGAAGACAUUGUGGUUAUACAAACAGCCCCUGAAAUUGUUGAAGAGCCACCUGUAAUGUCCGAGCUAAAGGUGCCUGAAGAAAAUAAAGGGCAUUUAGUUGAACAGAUAUUAAAGCAGAUUGAAGAAGAGGGGGAUAACAGGAAGAAAAUUGAAAUUGACUGGGAGGAAGAUGCAAGUCGCGGAAAGGAAGCAACAAAUAAAGAAAUCACGCAACUAAGGUCUAUGAUACAAAAUUUGACAAAAACAGCAAAUCCUUUAGGAAAACUUCUAAAUUAUCUGCAUGAAGAUAUUGAAGCAAUGGUAAAUGAAUUACAAAUGUGGAGUUCCACUAAAAAACAGCUACUUAAAGAAAUAGACAAACAGAAAAAGAUAUCAAAUGAGUCAAAUAAACCUCUUUUAAGUCAAUUAGAACAUGUACAACAGGAAAUAAAAAAACAGGAAAUUGAAAUAAUUCAUGUAAGAAGCAAUAUACUUAAAAAUGACCAAAGAAUAAAGGAAUUAUUAAUAAAAUAAUAGGUUGUAAUAAAUAUAUUGAAUGUUAAAGUUGUUUUUUGUAAUUACAAGGUUUGGUAAAAAUAAAGCUUGUGUUGUAAAAAAGAUAUAGGUAUAUUUUAAAUAAAAUUUGAAUAGAAGUAACAAAAUACACAAUUUUAAUACAAUCUCAUUGUAUACAUAUUUACAAUUACAUAAUAUAGCUACCUAAUUAUUAUUUAUAAUUAGAGAUGCAACAUACUAUUUCACUGUUUUUUGUUCAAACGGUUUUUUUCCACAUUUUGUUUUAUUUCCAAACUUUCUUGGAUUAAUCCAAUUAAGCAUAGGUUUUGCCUUUUGGACCCUUUUUACAAAAAAAAAAAACAAAUUUAAUUAAGCAGUAAAGUAUAAAUGUUAGCAAAAACUUGUAAACUGUUGACUUUAGAAAAAAAAAGUAAAUACAUUUUUUGUAGGAAAUUUAGUUUAGUUGAAUCUUUAAAAUAAGUCAUCAAAAUUUAAGAUUUUAGCAAAAUGACCAGAUUAAUGGUUUUAUAUAAUAAUAAUAUUUAUACAAUAUAUCAAUGGUAUUUUUGCAAAAGGGUGAAUACAUCAAAUUUAUGAUUUUGGCUUUAUGCACCAAACAAUAUGUACAUGAUGUGGGAUUAUUCUAGCAAAACGACGAAUGUAUAUAAGUUUUUAAAUUCCAGUUUGUUAAUUUUUUUUCUAGGUCAUGCAGAAAUACUUGUUUUUCUCAAAACAGGAAAAUGGCGUAUUUGCCCUUGUGCAAAAAUACCAUAUAUGUAUUAUAUAAUGUUUUUUCACUCAUUAAAUUUUUUUAGGUGCCAAAAACAAUUAAAAUUUGUAAAAUAUUUAAAGAUUAAAUAUAUUGUCAAAAUUUUGACUUUAAAUGUAUGUACUUAUAGAUAUUUAAAUGUAUUUACUUUUUUUCUUUAAAUUUAGUUGACUUAAAUCAACGUUUACAAGUUAACAGCAAAAAAACAUCAAUUUCAAAGGAAUACAAUUUUUUUUUAUCUAAGCAAAUGAAAAAAAGCAAGAUUUACCUACAAGCUUUUUUAAUGGAAAAACAAUAAUGACGUUGUUCCAGUAGGUAAUUAUUGCUCAAAAUUGGACAUUGUAAAUUAUUGUGGCGGAUUUAAAAAAAAAACGAAAAAAAAUAAAGGUUUUUUUCAUCUAAAAAAAAAAGUUUUUUACAUCUCUAAUAAUAAUAGACAAAGAACAAUACUACAUCUUGAAAAAGUUACUUAUCAUAAUAUUGAGAUUAAAUACAGCUAUUUAUAUAAAAUUUUAACUAUUUGGACUUUGACGCUUUUAAAAAUAACAUGUUUAGUAAAAUUAUAAAUUAACAGAAAAUAUUUUAUGUUUGUAUGAAAUAAAACAAAACGUUUCUAUACAAAAAACUUGGUAAGGAUAAAAACUAAAAGUUUUGUAUACAAAUAUAAAUGAAAUUUACUUUUAUCUUUAUUGUUUUCAAAACUUUUGAUACUUUCAAAGUCCAGAUAAAAACGAACUUAAGUUAAGUAUAUAUGUAUAUGUAUAUAAAAAUGAGUAAGUUAAUUAUUAGGCUUCCUUUCUAUUAUAUUAUACAUACAUUAUAAUAUAAUAUUAUAUAACAUAUUAUGUGUGUUCCUGUUAUGAAAAUAACAGAAAAAUGACAUAAAAAUAAAUACUAAAAUAUUUUUCGUCUGGUUAGUGAAAAUAUCUCUAAUAAGCACUGACGUUUUCUGGUAUAGGUUUUAGAAUGCACCUUAAAAGAAAAAAAAUCACUGAUACAGUAAAAAAAUAUGUUUUAAUAUUGCCUGUAAGCUGGAUAGGUUGAUACUACUCUACUUUUUAUUGAGCAUGUUUUUUUUACUGUAUUGAGAUCUGAUGAUUUAUAAAAUUAAACAAAAAAUGUUUAUGGAUGAUUGGUCCAAAUAUAAAUUUGGUAAAAAAAAUGCCUAUACAGUAAAAAUGUACAAAAACGAAAAACUAAUUUUGGACUAGGUAUGUUCUUAUAAUACCUCCAUUAUAAUCAACAAAUUUUUAUUUCCAAUAGGAAUUUUUUGUGCACUAAACAAAGCAUAUUUAAUUUAUGUAUGUGUUACACUAUUCAUAAAUAAACAACACCAAUUAUUGUGUAUUCAGCAUAUAUAACAUAUAUUAUUAAUUCACUGUUAUCCAAAGACAAUAUGUCAAUGCAACCUACUGAUUUACAUGCCUUAUUUAAUAAGGCAUUAACAGGAUUAUCUAAAAUAAUAAUUAUUAUUAUUGAAUUCUUAAUUUAGACCAAGCAAAAAGACUAAAUUCAGGAGGAGUAUGUUACUCAGAGAAACUCUUAACCACAGGCAUAUUACGCCAAAUAGCGUGCGCAGAGAAGACUACGGAUGCGCAAAGUGCUGUGUUAUUUACAAUAUAUAUGUUAUGUUAUGGUCCCACCUUGACAUUUGAAUAGAAAUAAUUAAAGUUAUCUAUCUGUCAGUUUAACGCUACUUUUGUCUUAUUUUUUUUUAAAUAAUACAAUAAAUGUGUUUGAAUACCUACUAAGAAUUCUUAGACGCACCGUUUUCAGUGCUUUUAAGAAGCUUUUAAGAAGCUCUUAAAAAAUCGUUUUUGAAAAUGACUUGGUAAUGUUUUACAAUAUAUUUUUUUGUGUUCUAAAUUAAGACUUUAGCCAAAAAAAUACAUACAUAUUGUAUUAUUUUCAAAAAAUGAGAAAAAAUUCGCGCUGACAGAUAGAUUAUCUCAAUUAUUUGUAUUUAUAUUUCAAGGUGAUACUUUUCAGUGUGAAGCAUAAUAUGUACGUUUUUUGAUGUGGCCCCACCUAGCAAAUUACUCCUGUAUUUAGUCUUCUUGUGCCAGCCUAAUGAAACUAUGUAACUUUUAAAGUCCACUAGUUAAGAAUCCUAUAAAUUAAACAAACCUGUAAAUCAAAAAAAUUCUUGGUUUAGUGGUUUAAAAACAUUUGCACAACAUUUAUUAUGGGUAUUUCUUUAAAUUAGAUUUUUUAAUACAAAUUAUUAUGUAACAAGUUUAAUCCAUAUUCCCAGUGGAUUAUUUUUAGUACUGCAAUCAAAAUUUUAUUUGUUGUGCAUAAAAUAAACCAUUUAAACGCCUGGAUUGUCAUAAAAAUCUUAAAUAAAUUAUUUAACACAUCAUUUUAGGAUCAUCAAACAAAACUAAUUCUCAUAUGAAAAACAAAAGGUUCAACUGCAAAAUUUACCUAUAUAAUUUUAAUUGUUAUUAUUUUUAGCUACAAUUCAAACAAUUCAUCCUGUUGUUUUUCAUGAUGUUUUAAAGAUGUCCGUACUUUUUUACCUUGUUGAAUCACUACUGCCUGUGCGGAACCAUACAACUCACUAUUAGAACUGUUAUUGUUCACACUUUGUUUCAUUCGAGAAACUAUUGGUUUUCUUCUUUCACUUUCAAAACCCAUAUUCAAUCCAAAUC